GUUGUUGGUCACUCGGAGAGUACUAAGUACAAUGACCAAUCCUGAAGAGAAAGCUCAAAGAGAGAACCUCUUCCACACUCGCUGCACCAUCAAGGCUAAGGUAUGUAACUUGGUUAUAGAUGGAGGAUCUUGUACUAACGUGGCUAGCAAGUAUAUGGUGGACAGGUUAGGUCUUGAGACAACCAAGCACCCUCGGCCCUAUAGGUUGCAAUGGUUAGACAACAAGACUGAGCUGAAGGUCACUGAGCAAGCAAAGAUAUCUUUUAGUAUUGGUAAGUACCAAGAUGAAGUAGUUUGUGAUGUGGUACCAAUGCAAGCCGGACACAUACUGCUGGGGAGACCUUGGCAAUUUGAUAGAGCCACCUUUCACAAUGGACGCACCAACUACUACUCUUUCAAGUUCAAGGACCGUAAGUACAACUUAGCCCCUUUGAGUCCAUCUGAGGUGCAUGAGUUACAAACUAAGAUGAACAAGGAAGACCAGGUAAGUAAAACUAACCUUAUGAUUUCUCCUGGUGCUGUCUUAAAGACCUUGAGUGCUCAAGGCACUGUACUACUAAUGGUUUUAAAGGAAUGUUUAAGUACAGGAAGCUCAGAAGCUCAACAAGUUCCUAAACCAGCUCAAGCCGUGCUAGACAAGUUUCAAGACUUGUUCCCUGAAGAGAUCCCAGCUGGAUUACCUCCAAUCAGAGGGAUUGAGCACCAGAUUGAUCUCGUGCCAGGCUCAGCUUUGCCAAACAAACCAGCAUACAGAAUGAAUCCGGAGGAGACCAAGGAGCUAGAAAAACAAGUUCAAGACUUGAUGAACAAAGGGUACAUCCGAGAGAGUCUAAGCCCAUGUGCAGUACCAGUUCUUCUAGUUCCCAAGAAGGAUGGAUCAUGGAGGAUGUGUGUAGAUUGCCGUGCCAUCAACAACAUCACCAUCAAAUACCGACACCCAAUCCCACGCCUAGAUGACAUGCUUGAUGAGCUUAGUGGAGCAACUAUCUUUUCCAAGAUAGAUUUGAGAAGUGGUUACCAUCAAGUAAGGAUGCGUGAAGGAGAUGAGUGGAAGACUGCCUUCAAGACCAAGCAAGGUCUAUAUGAGUGGUUGGUUAUGCCCUUUGGACUAACCAAUGCACCAAGCACUUUCAUGAGGCUCAUGACAGCUACGGGUGGGGUUGUCGGGAGGCUUGGAGAUUCAAAUGAUAAAGGAAAGAACAAAGUGACUAGACCAGACAUCCAUGGAGUUCAAUUCUGGAAUUUGCAGAUAGGUUUGGAGUUUGGGGCUGCAAGCUUAGGCAAUGCUGACCCAGAAUCAGAUAACAAUGAUGGUGACAGUUGUCAGAAGGUCGUCAAGCAUACCGUUCUUCGUCGGAUCAUCAAGAAUAGACAUAAUGAACAACCAAUCCAGCCAAGAUGCCUCCACGCACGAGACACCCAAAAGCGAUUAAGACCACACCUCCAUGCGCAAAAAGCUCCGUCUGGUUACCCAUGGCCAAACAAGGAUGAGGGUGAAGCGAUUAACGUCAAUGACCCAAUGAUUCCUGACUACGAUGUUGAGGGAUGGGACAAGGAUUCAGCGGCAAGGUACAACCGGCUUCUCGCAGCAGAGAUCUUGCCCACGCGAUUCCCGCACCAGGAAACCUUAGCCACUCUCGGCCUAGAAACUGAACUCUUUGACACGCUCGACGCAAUGGGCCUUGCUCCUCUCUGUUUCCAAGCUCAGGUUAUCUACCCGGAUUUGGUUAGGCAAGUGCUCGCGACAUGCCAGGUAACUUACCAAAACCCCACUGUGCCAACUUAUGAGAACUGCUCCUUCUCUUUCAUGGCCGACGGCAAGUUCUGCUCCAUCUCUCUCAACGAUCUGAAUGAGCUACUCGAGAUUGCAAACACGCCUAGAGGGGUUUCAGUGGAAAAGAAGUUCAAGCCGGCAGACACCUUUUGGAAUCUCAUUGCAGCCGACUUAUUAUGUCUGGAGAACAUUAUGUUCCUACCUGAUGUGGAGCACCUCUGCAAUGAUCCCCGUGCGCCACCAGCGAAUGAUGAUGAUGAUAUGGACGAUGUGGAGCAUGUGACUCCACCUGCUGAUGGUCUGGAGUUGGUAGAAGACUGA